GACUGCGGCAACAAUCUGGCCUGAAGCGUGCGCUUUCCCUAGGCAGCAACUUCACCUACCUCUCCGAAUACGAUCGCAUCUUCUCUGAGACACCGCGAAGACAUCACAAGCUACGAACACCCUCCAUCCAACACCUAUCCGCACCUAUCCAAGCCCACCACCAAAACCCUCCACCUUCACAUUCAUCACGAUGACCGCGCUCUUCAACUUCCAAUCCCUGCUCCUCGUAAUCCUCCUCACAAUCUGUACGGCGACGUACGCACACGCGACUUUCCCCGGCCCUCUCGAUCGGAACAAGGAGAAAUAUUGGAUAUCACCGGUGUGGAAGGCGGCGCGCGUGGGCGAGAGAUUGAGUCCGUAUGUUAGUUUGGCUUGUGUGGUUAUGGCGGUACUGCAGUUUAUGAGUUGAGUGUGAGGAGAGGAUACAUUGCGUUGGAUGAGCAGAGUGAUUCACGGAGGACACAUUUACGAAGCGAGGCGUUACGGGAUAGUAUCAGAGACUGGGCAAUGAACAUGCCGAUCGGACUAUCAGUCACACAUCCAUGGAAGUAGACCUCCACAAUGAUCGACAAGCCGCGGCAGGCAAGGUGCGACUACAACAACAUCACCAACUCAAUCAAUCAAACA